CCUCCUUCAGCCACGUCAUUUUUGCUUUGAAUGAAAUAAGUAUACGCGGCGGAUCUACAAAGAAUUUGUAAAAUCAUACAUCAUGAAUAUAUUCCGUUUAUGCGGUGACUUGUCUCAUCUAUUAGCUAUUAUCAUAUUGUUACUCAAAAUAUGGAAAACAAGAUCAUGUGCAGGUAUAUCUGGAAAAUCGCAGAUACUGUUCUCAGUAGUUUACACUGCAAGAUAUGUGGAUUUGUUGACUACGUUCAUUUCACCAUAUAACACUAUCAUGAAAGUCUUCUUCAUUGUCGGCUCGUAUGCGACUGUUUAUUUGAUGUAUGUUAAGUUCAAAGCGACUUACGACCAUAACCAUGAUACCUUCAGGAUCGAGUUCUUGCUGAUCCCAUCAGUGGUCCUAGCUUUGUUGAUAAACCAUGAGUUCACUGUUAUGGAGGUUUUAUGGACUUUUUCGAUUUAUCUGGAGGCUGUAGCAAUACUACCGCAACUCUUCCUGGUGUCGAAGACUGGAGAAGCCGAGAGUAUCACAUCUCAUUACCUGUUUGCUCUUGGAAUGUACCGAACACUUUACCUCUUUAAUUGGGUAUACCGCUAUGUGUUUGAAGGCCAUUAUGAGAUAAUUGCUAUUGUUGCUGGUAUUGUGCAAACUGUCUUAUACUGUGACUUCUUCUAUCUCUAUAUUACAAAAGUUCUCAAGGGAAAGAAGUUACAGCUGCCAGCUUAGAAGCUAAAGCAAAAAUGAUGGUGAUUGAAGAAAUGGAGAUAUUUUAUAUAAGCCAAUAAAUUACCUAAGAUCUACUGUACAGUUGUGAAGUGUUGUUUAUGAACGCAAUUACUUGUGAUGAAUUCAAACUUGUACUAUAGUCAUUUUAGUUCUGUUUUCCUAUCAACGAUACUAUGUUUAGCAUUUCAGAUGCUUCUAAUUGCCACCAUCACUAUAUGACAUUUUGUGUUCAUAUGCUGAUUCUUGAUUGAUGUUUGAUAUAAUUUACUUGUUAACCAUUAUUUCAAUCUAUUUUUACGAACUUAAUAUAAAAACAUAUCUCCAGGACAAGUUUUGUUUGAUAUUGUUCUAGUUUCUUUUUGUUAAUUCGGUAAUUUUUUAAUUUUAUUUCUGUCCCAUAUUGCUCAAACUACAUUGUAGAUUCGUUUGAUUGGCUAUUUUUAAGAGACAACUAAGUAGACAGAUGUGAUCCUAAAUAAGGAACGGUGAUCUUAAAGAUUUAGUAGUAUAAUUGCUUCCAAUUCACCACCAACUUGUGCUUCGAAACUGAACCAAUAACGAAUUAGAAAAUUAUCCUAUUAAGUUAUGUCAUUUAAUUAAACAUUUAUAUUUUAAAAUACCAUUAUAUGUGGCAACUAACACAAUUUAUGGUUAAUAAACUUAAACCAAACUUAGUAUUAUGUAUUAACUAGAGUGCUGUUGUGGGUGACGUCAACGACGUAAGAACAGUCACACAAUGUAUGGGACGACACAAUAACCCCAAACCUUCCAUACAUUGUCGCACAACAACAGUAAUAUGUAAACAUGUUAUAAGUUUGUAAUUUUUUAAUUAGGCCAAUGAAGGCAUAUGCCGGCUGUACAUUAGCCGAGUGAUAGGUGAUAUCUAUAGUAUAGGUAGAAAAGGCGAGCGCAAAUAUUCAUGAGAAGUAUGGUGCAGCCUUUACAGUCGGCAUGGCAAUUGUGUGCGGCACCGGCGGUUGGUAGUAAAAAGUUACGACGAAUCAUUUCAAUUUUAUCACACUAUGCAUACACAUAUACACAAUCGAUCUAAACCAUAUCUGCUGCUGGCCGAACACAAUUGUUUAUUACCUUAAUGUGUUGAGGAUGAAUGACUGUAUAACAAAUUUCCGACAAUACGCAAUGGAUAAGUAUGUAUUUUGUAGCACAGAAAGUUUUGGCAUCUCAGACCGGUUUUUUGUAUGGAAUUGUCACGCAAUGGUGAAAAGCGUAUGUAUACGCACGUUAAAAUUACAUACAAAAAAAGUACGCGCACGCGCGUUGAUAUGCUCCGGCCUUUGUCAAUUGUAAUUAUAAAAUUGAACAGUAAUUUAAUUGGUUAUCAUAAAAGAUCAAACAGACAUAUUUUUUACACAUAAUUUUAAGAACUUAAUGUAAUUUGCAAUAAGAAUUCUGGAAUUAAUAAAAUUACGAAGUGAUAA